GGAGCAACGGCGCCUCCCCCCGGAGACGGCCGGAAACUGGUAUCCCCCGGAAGUGACUUCACGGCCUCCCGGAAGUGACGGACGGACGCCGGCGGUUCCCGCGACGGUGGAGGGCGAAGUGACCCCUGUGUGGGAGUGAGGGCCGCCGCGACCAUGGGCCGCGAGUUUGGGAACCUGACCCGGAUGCGGCAUGUGAUCACCUACAGUUUGUCGCCCUUCGAGCAGCGCGCCUUCCCGCACUACUUCAGCAAAGGCAUCCCCAACGUGCUGCGGCGUACGCGGGCGUGCGCCCUUCGCGUCGUGCCCCCGUUCAUAGCGUUUUACCUUGUCUACACAUGGGGAACCCAGGAGUUUGAGAAAUCCAAGAGGAAGAAUCCAGCUGCCUAUGAAAAUGACAAAUGAGCCACUCAUCUGGAUCGUAGUUCCCAGUGUCUGGAAGACUUGAAGAAGUAAUAAACUUAUUAUGGACUGCA